AUGUUGAAAUUGAUCCUUGUAUUCGUUUUAUGUAUGUCCGUGUUGGGCAAAAAAGAAGAGCAGAAAAAAGGCGAUGAUUUCUGUCCGAAACUUCGUAAUGUUCUCUGUGUUCAAAAUAUUCUUCGCGAGAUUUUGUAUUCCAAUGGAAUAUUAAGAAAUACUGUCAACGAAAUCGAACAACUCAUCAUUAGAUACGACCCCAAUGAAGAACUUCUCAACAACAACAUCAAAUCUCGCAAGAGCGCUAUUGAAUCGAAACUUCCGAAAGCGAAAUACCAUCUUCAAUUCGCUAAUCGAAGUAACAUUGACCAAGCUGACCUGGUCAAUUUGGUACAAGAAGAAGCCAAUGCUUAUGCUUACUUAUACAAUUCGAUCAAGAAUGUUCUUAAAGUUGGUAACGAGUUUGAAAAAUCGACAGAGAGAUUAUUCAAACAAGCUUUGACAGACAUCCAAGAGAAUAUCAUCUGUCGAUACCGAUCGAUUUUGAAUGUUUAUUCAGCAAGUUCGACACCAAUCAGCGAAGUCGGCGGAAUUGAAUUCGCUGGAAGCGAUAAGAAAGGUUUAUGGAAAUCAUUCUUAUACAACGUACACUCAGUCAUCAUCGCUCGAUUAUCACGCGAAUGGGCGGAUCAUGCGGAGAAUUUUCUAAACAACGUCGAAUCGAAAUUGUCAUAA